ACAGCUUUGCAAAACUAGAAACAAUUUGUUAAAAAUACUUGAUUCAAGCACAGAUUUCACACUAUUAAAUUCAGAUGAGGUACUUGCACAUGUUGAUUAUAAAAUUGAUUCACCAAAGAAAGAGGAGGAUGAAUACGAUUGGCACACAAACGAUCCAUAUGAAAUGGAAUCUGAUUGGAAUGCUGAUGAUACUAAUAAUAAUGAGUGGCAUUACGAUUACGGGAACAAUGAUUAUGAAGAUGGAAAAUGGUCUCAUGAAGAUACAUUUUCUGUGGAUGGACAGCAUUUGCAAUCAGGUUGGGACAAUUAA